AUGACGCGCGAUGAGCGUGCGGCUCUUCUGGAAAAGCUCAUUGGAUAUCACGUGCAUCGUGUUCGCUGCGAGAAAUAUUUCAUGUACGAAAUUAAUCGAACUCAAGAAUCGAAUGGGUCAGGCGGUGAAUAUUGGAGUGCAGCUUGUGUUACCGAUUGCGUGCUACCUGCCCGCCAUCUGUGGUGCACAUAGCGCUCACCUAACCUAACCGACGAUCAGCAGUAAGCACACAGUGACAAACGUCAAGCGCGCAUUCGGAAGGAGGGUUACGCACCUUGUUGAAUGAUUCGUCGCAACGUGGACGCAAAUUAUGGCGCAUCGUAAAAAGACGACGAGCAACGACGAGUCUUGUCAUCGAUCGUCGUCGUUGCGUAAAAACACGAAGCAUCAUGUCAGUGAUGCCGAGGUUGUCUUCUCAUCGUCCUCGUCGUCCGACGAGGAGGUGGCCGCCGUUUGUCGCGGCGGGCGCAGAAACUCGUCGCCGUCGGAUCGUUUCGUCGUCAGGAACCGCGUCGAACAGCCGACAGGUCAGGAGAACCGAGAGCGCCGCGAGAGCAAUCCUUUCAGUUUCAAGGUCUUCUUGAAGAAUGGCACCGCCAAUUAUCAUAACACCGGGGCGCGACCGAAGGUAUACUAUACACCGGCAUCAAGUCCCGGCAGCCACGAGGCUAAAGAAACUGGUGUCUACUCCUCCCGGAAUCCUACAGAACUGCCAGAUUUUGUGCAAGAUCACUUGGUCAUAGAGCAGUGUUAUCUGAACCAUGCAGAGCCAGCCACUCAGCAGGUGCUGCUUGACAUGGAUAAUCUCCCGGACUUUGCCUUGAACAGCAUGGAACAGUCGCGAUUACGAAACGAGAAGAGGGAUGAUUCCAACGUCCUGUGCGAUUUGCCGUUUGAUCUCACCGGCAUGCUGGACAAGAGCCUACCCCGAGAUCACUCAGCUUCGAUGCAUUCGAAUCACUUGGACUUACCUACCUUUGAAAGGUGUCCUAUUGGCACUCCUGUUCAUCGUCCUGAACCCACAGACUUUCCGUUUGAUCUGCCCCUUCCCAACGAAUCCAUUCCCAAUGUUGAUGCAACCACACGAGACGGCGAAACGAGUGUUCACAAGUCUUUACCGGAUUUCUUGAGCGACGGUCCUAUACAUAACAGGACGACGGAUUCGGAACCCAACCCGAGUAUGGCCGAAUCCACGGAGAGAAGGCUUUUACUCGAAAACGAAAGGUUACGUCACGAGUUGGAUGCGGCUCGAAGACAAAUUAGUGAAAAAACGGAUAGGAUUCGUUCGUUGGAAGUAGAAUUGUUGUCCAGGAAAGAAAUCGAGCACGAGGAAACAGCACACUUGGAGAAGGCAAUGGAGCAGGUUGAGGAUAAUCUAAAGCAGAGUACAAAGAGAGCAGUCAACGCCGAAAGCACUGUCACAUCAUUGAAGAAGGAGAUUAAAGCUUUAACGACAGAGAUAUCAUUCUUACGAUUGGAGAACAGUGAGCUCCGGGCCGGUAUUGCCGCAGCAGGACAAAGCGAAUCGAAUGCAACUGCUGCCAAUAUGAAUCGUACCGUCAGAAGACUCGCCCGAGAUUUAUUUGCAGCUGCGUCGUCGGCCGAAGUGUCUCUCAGGCAACUAAUGUCCGGUGUGGACAAUCUGCGAGUCCUCGCAUCGACUUUAGAGAACGUGGAUAGGAUAGAAGACUGGACCAAAGACUUUUUACCUGACUUUGAGGAGGACAAUGCCACCGGUCCCCCAGUAUAAUGACUCUCUCUCUCUUCCCUCCCCCCUCUCUCCCUCUCCUUCUCUCUUUCUAUAUACAUA